AUGGCGAAGUUGGUGGUCCUGCUGGUCUUGCUGCUUGUCAAGGCGCGAGCAACGAAGUUACAGAAGCAUUUUCUCUCCGGCAAGUCGUGUGACCGUCAGGCGGUGGCCCAGGACUGUGGGAGGGGAAUUUGGGGCAUCGCCAUGGUUCAGAUCCAGAGAGGCCCGCCCGCGGCCGGCGGCGGCGCCCCUCCCGCCGGCGAUGGCCCCGGCGGCGAGGCCCCUCCCGCCGGAGAUGGCCCCGGCGGCGAGGCCCCUCCCGCCGGCGACGGCCCCGGCGGCGAGGCCCCUCCCGCCGGCGAUGGCUCUGGUGAGGCCCCUCCUGCUGGUGAUGGCUCCGGCGAGGCCCCUCCUGCUGGCGACGGCCCCGGCGGCGAGGCGCCUCCUGCUGGCGAUGGCUCUGGCGAGGCCCCUCCUGCCGGUGAUGGUUCUGGCGAGGCCCCUCCCGCCUCAUCCGGCGGCGACUCUGGGGGCUGCAACAACCCCACCUGCAGCAGCCCACCCUGCGCAGCACCCCUGCUUGGAGAUGUGGGCUGCUCCACAGUCGCUGGAGUGGAGUCCUACAACCACGGUCAGGUGAAGAGGAAAGGUGACUCCAUCCCCAGUGACGCCCACAUCUUUGGCCCCUUUGAGGCAGGCUUUGGCGAGCAGCAAAAGAACAACAUCCUUGGUUGGGGCUGCACCGACCCGACGGUCGUUUACGACAACGAGGGCGGCAAGGACCUCACCAUCGCGGAGGCGGCCGUCGCCAAAGCCUGCAGCAUCCAGCAACAGGGCAGCAAUAAGUUUCCCCGCAUCGAGGGGGAGAGCUACAUCGGCAUCGUGGGGCCCUGUGGGGGUCACACGGGGGACUACCACUUCCACCGGGGCUUCGGGUGCUUGUACGAGGAGAGCGGCGGCCACUCGAGCAAGGUGGGCGUUGUUGCUGCAUACAACCUGUACGGCAAAUGGGAGGACUACGCCAACAACCUGCUGCCGCUGCUGGACGCCUGCGGCGCGCACUUUGGACCGACGCCCGACAGCUCCGGCAAUGUGUACCACUACCACGUGCAAGACAAGGCGCCUUUCACGGUGGGCUGCUACGGGCCCUCCGCCUCCAAUCAGCUGGUCACGGUGGCGGAGUGCCGGGCUUUGUACCCCAAGUGCGACAACGACGGGGGCGCCGGGACGGCCAUCCAGACCAAUGAAGGCACGGUGACCUACGACAAGUUUUGCCCCUGCUGGGACGCCGCGGGCUCCAAUAUGGGCAUCAACCUCGUGGAGCUCCCAGCGCUGAGCACCUCCGACAUCUCCUACCCCGCAGGCGCGAAAACGCGAUCGGUGCGAGAGAUGCAGGGAAUGAGAAAUGGAAUGACCCCGAGAAAAACUAUCCAGUCACCCGAAGUGAACCUUGAAAGCCUGUCCAGGUCCUCCAGUAGAGAGGUUAGAAUACGGGUACCCUUUUUCUGUAGUCUAUUUUAG